AUAUCUACUACCGUCAAUUCAAAAGACUUACUGAAUGUUGUUAAUUACACAAGUUGUUUGCAAACAAUCAUCGAUAACCUUAUUGGAAUAAAGGUGACUCGUUAGUUUUUCCCUAUCUCAAACUUAUUUUAUUCUGUGUUAACUGCAUAAGACUUUAUUUUUUUGGAAAAUAUCUCUUGAGCACAAAAUAAAUAUUUGUUUUAGAGUCUUUAUGACUCAAUCAAGAUACUUUAUCACUGUUCUGUAUGUUAGAUGAUAAUAUUUUAUUUUCGUCUUUGUAAAUACAGAUGGGAAUCAUAUUGUCGUUAGAUUUUAUGGACUGCAAAACGUAAAACAAAGAAUGCUGUUUAUAUAUUUCACUAUGUUCACAUUUUGCAACAUCGUGUCUAUGUGCAUGAGUAACUUAACGUUUUAGUUGAAAAUAUGCAUAUAUAUGCUACCCUAUCAUCAUACAUUGCAUUGGGUAUGUUGCAAGUGUAUAGUACGCACUGAAAUACAUACAGAUAAGCAUAAAGCCGUGGUUAGAAUAUUAGGUGAUUUACUCAGGAAAUAAAUGUGUUGUGCAUAAACUGAUAUUGGUAGAACCAGUUAUAACUUUUCAUAGUGGUUAUUAACACUGAAUAUACUUCAUCAUGUGGAUAAUUGAAGUCAUCAAGAUAUUAUUUAGUAACCCAUCAAAGUCAAACUCAGCACAAAUAACCAAAUCUAUUUAUUUUGAGUUAAUGAUAUUAAGGAAGGUUCAGAAAUGGAUUGCAAGUAAAGUUAGAACGAGAGCAACUAAGUGGAUCUAAGUAUAAAACCUAGAUGUCAAAUAAAAUGAGGCUUAUUAGAACUCACAAUAUUUUUAUUCAAGUUACUCGAGCCAGUUACGCAAAAUAAAUAGGACUCAUAUCCUUUUACUUUAACAAAAAUACAUCUGGUAAACGAUAACACAUUAAAGUGUGUAUUUGCACAGCACAUUCAGACCGUGAAUUACAAGGAUAUUUAAAUGCGCUUUCUUUGGUUGAUGGCAGUUAUUAGAAGUCAUUUCUGUUCCUUAUUCGUAAAUCGACAUGGAUACUUUAGACUGACGCUAAAUUCUGUGACAUAUCAGGAAUAAAUAUUCAUUCCAGAUUUUGAUAUAAAUCUAUUUGUAUUAGUUGGCGUUUGAACUGCAUACUUGGAGCUAAAAAUGCUAUCAUGUCUAAUACAGUAUCAUUAAAUAAACACAUAACAGCUUUAGCCUUUGUAUAUAUAUGGGUGAGAAAUUUGUAAAUGAUUGGGUGGAAGGUAGAAGAUAUAUCUGAAACUCAUUUCUAAGGUGCGAUUUCGUAUAAGUAUGAGUUUUGCAUUUUUUUAAAACAUCCUCACUUCUAAGAAUAUAUAAGUGUAACAUCGAGAUAUGGUUUGAAAGAAGUAAUAACUCAUAUCGUUCUUUGUUAUCUAUGAAACAUAACAUAUAAAAGUUCUAGACUAAAAGUGUAAAAAUUAAGUUUUCAAACGCAAACUCGCUUUUGCUACAUUUUUUUUCAGCCGAAAAAGAUCAUUUUAUCGUUAGAGGAUGCCAACUGGUAGUAAUAAUUUCUGAGAUAAAAUAUGCAUUUUAAAAAGUCACAAACAAUUAUUCCUUUGUUUGAACUCCUCAUGUUUUAAGUGUCAAAAUACUCUUUGAAUUCAUAACGUUAAAGUAUACACAAAGAAUAAAUCAGCAUAAGGUUUCUGACCUCAGUACUAAAGUAACAAUAUAUUUUUUUCAAUGUCAUACACAAACUAUUGAGUUACACUCACCAAUGAAUUUUUAGUAUCCAUUGGCUGACAGUUAUAUCAUCUCUUUUAGAACUCAGUUUUCGCGUUUGAAUCCAGGCUAAUUGUACAGCAAAAUCACUAAUUCAUAAAUAAUUUCAACGUUAAAUAUGUUUUAUCUAUGCUUUACAUGGAUGUUUUUUCCAACCAAGUUUAAAACCAUAACAUAAAGUCAUGAUGAAAGAUAAAUAACAAUGAUUUUCCCUUUUCAUUCAAUAAACUAUUUUUGCAUCAAAUAUACAUUUUUCUAUAGUAUGAAUUAAUUUUAGUCAUUUGUUGUUUCUUUCCUCGAGGCUUUUAAGUGAAACCUUGCUUUAUCACAUCAUUUGUAAUUGUGUAAAAAUAAGCUUAUCAGGCAAACAAAAAUGCUUCAGUUUCUGAAUGAGGGCUACAAAUAUACCUGACUGAAAAUAUACAACUGAAAAAGGAGCUUUUCUGAAACGACUGUUCAUAGGAAAACCACAUGUAACUGUAGUCAUUUGUGUAUAACUUUGUUAACUUUUUGUAACUCUCAGUCCAUUUAAAAAGCGUUUAUCAAAAUGUUCUGAAUUCUCACUUGACUUCUGAGUAACUACUGCGGGUAAUUCUACACAAAUGAUCAUCACCAGCUCCGUCAGUAAAUUUUUCACAUUCCUAAAUUGCUUAUCUUUAUUAUCAUUAGAACAAACGGUGAUCUGUGUAUCUGCACACGGAAGAUCUAUGUCAAUAAAUGGGAUUAGGCAGUAAAUUUAUCAGACCGUAUUUUGCCUGUUACGUAGGCGGUUUGGUAAAUAUGGUGAAUUAAUAAUGUUACUGGUGAAAACUGUGAACUCUCAAAGAACUUGUGAAAUUCUGUGGGUGUAAUAUAUAAUGAAAAUUACUUUCCAAGUAGAUCAGAGGUUUCAGAGAGAGUCGCAGAAACUGUAAGUUAGAUCAAGGUUUAAACAACUACUGACUUCCUCUAUUAAUAUUAAAAUCAAACGUGGACAUAAAUUUGUAAUUUCUGAUCCCCCACCCGGACAAUUUCUACAAAGCUUAACGUGGAGAAUAUCUUUGUUAGCAUGAUUCCAGAAAAUUUGUCAAAUAUGAAGAAACUGUAAAGCCGUCAAUUUGAGUACCGUCAAGGAUGUGUCAAACGGUGGAUGUAGAAAGAAUGCAUUUCAAUCUAUAAAGCAUUUUGAAAGAAAUAAUAUAAGUGCGUCCGACAUCUUGUAAAAUAAGAUUUUCACCACCUCAGUUCACCCAUUUACUUUACAAACUAAAUGUGGGUUCUAUGAAUAGUCAAAUGUACAUCAGUACGUUUGGCUUAACUGAAAUUUUGAAUUAUUUGUUUUCAAUGAACCAAAACAAGUGGAAAAGGCUUUUGAACUUAUAAGUAAAGUAUAAGCUUUGAUUUUACGUGAGUGCUGGUUAUUUGAUUCUAGGGAACGUGAACUUGAGUUAUUUGGAUGAUUACUGCUAUAUCGUAAAUAAUAUGGCGAUGUGAAUUAGUACAAUGCUGACCAUUUAUACUAAACUGUGUUGUGGUUAAAAUACUAUUUUUUCGGCCGGCCAUAUGAAAUCUAAUGCGCGCCCUAUACAAUUUUAAGGUUAAUGGUCAUUCAUUAUUUUAAGUCUCAAAGAUUACUUUAAACAAAUAUCUAACAGUAUCGGAAUUCAUAUCACAAUAUACAUCAGGAACUUUCAACAUAACUGCUUGACUUAUCUUACUAAAGGGUUUAUAAAUAUUUAAACGACUUUAAAACAUGCACUACUUGUUCAUUACCCUUAGAUGAAUGUUAAAAAAAGUGGGAAUAUAGUAUGUUAAAUUUUGGUAGCAAUAUGAUACUAUUAUCUAUCAAUAUAUAAGCAAACAGUAUUUUUUAGGCGAAAGUGUUAUUUUUUUGAGUUGAAGUGAAAUUGUCAUCUAAAUAUUGUAAUUUAGUAAAAAAUAUGGAAAGACCAGUCCUAUGAUAGCUAAAGCGGUUGUCUUACAAUUAAUAAAUUUUAUAAGUUGGAUGCGAAGGGAUCUCUUUUCAACGAGUUUAUUAUAAUCACUAAGUCUAUUGUUAUUGUUAUUAUUCAUAUUACGUAAUCUAGUAUUACAACCUUUUUAAUAACUGUGUUCACAUUUUCUCACGGAAUUUUACAAAAACAAAACUUUCAUAAAUAAAUUUUAUGUUCAACUCCCACACUCACCUAGUUUAAUUUGUGGAGUUGGGCAAUAAUAGGAAUUUUUAUACUUAGACAUCAGCAUAAAAUUAAUUAUACAAUGCAGUACUGGUAGAUCAGAUACAUCAAGUGGAAUUAAACUGAUAUCUUUUCUACAUAUUUUAUAUGCGUAACAAAAUUAUUCAAAUGAAAACUAAUUAAAUUCACAAGUAAUUCUAUCAAAUAUUUAAGUCACACAUAUUUUUUAAUUGUAUAUUUAUUUUCCAGGUUGUAAUUCAUUUUUAGUUUGUAAAUGCAUGCCUCAUUAGCUUCUAUCGGCAGGGCUUGUACAAUCCAAGAAGAUGAAGAUCCGCCAGCUACAUCUUUGGACAGUUCAUUCGACAUGCAACCAGUUGAUUACAUUGAACAAAGUUUAAGAUCAUGUACGUCUUCAGUGGAUGAGUUAGUCACACUCGCAUUAUCAUUAUGCCAUUCGAUUAAAAUACUACCAAAUUUUAAUAAGAUUGUUUUACAAGAGCAUCAUUGUGGAAUCAAACAGAGUGAUUCGAUACUUAAUACAGAUAAAUAUGACAACAAUAAAAACCAACAAUCAUCAGCAUUGGAUGAACAUAUCAACUCAUCAACAAUUAAUGACCCCAUUAUAUGUGUACAUACUUCUUCCAAUACUUCCAGAAAUAAAUCAAAUGAUUUAAACCACUUAACUUAUUUGCAUCGUUUCUAUUUAAAACUAUUGAACGUUGUACAUCUCGAUACAUUGAACAAUACUGUAAAAGAGUUAUGUUUAGGUUUGCUUGCAUUACUGGCUCAUUCAGAAACUGUUUUUAUUAAAGAAACCAAUUUAUUAGACUGUAUUCUAUCAAAAUUUUCUAUAUCAAGCAAUAAUAUUUAUUCUUUUCAAGCUCUUUAUGAGAACAAUUCUUGUAAUAUAUUAAAUGAUUAUCAUGAGUUUUUAUUAACUACAUUAUUACAUUUUAAUGAUGAGAGUGGAGAUGAUGAUAUUGAUGAUAAUAGUAAUGACACACUUAUUACCGGUUAUACAACAACACAUUAUGAUUAUUCCUCACAAUUAGGUGAACUUAGAAUUUUAUGCGAAAGUUUAAGACAAUGUUGGACACAGAUGAAACGUUUAGCCAAUGAACAACGAAAUAUGCAAUAUCGUUUAAAUCAAAUUAAUGCUUCAAAUAACUGUGAUACAAUUUUAACAAAACUCUUUUUAGAUGCAUAUAGAAUUAAUUCCAUGUACAGUAAAUUAUUAACAUUAGCUAUUAUUAAUUCUGCUCAAUAUUUAAUCUAUUCUGGUGUAUCAUUAUUAGGUUAUAUGGAAUUAUCACGUUUUACACAUGAUGAACUAUGGGAAAUGACACGUGGUAUUGAAGAGUUAAAUAUUUUACGAGGGCAUUUACAUAAUACAUUUCAAAUAUAUCGUAAUACACAUUUGUAUAAAUUAAUAUGUAACGACGAAAAUAUAUUUCAUUCUGCUCAAAUUUUAUCACCAACUACCGAUACUACUAGUAUUAGUAGUACUUCUAAACCAUUAUCACAACUUAUUUCAUAUAACUUAUUAAAUGAUCCUGUUGAUGUUGUAUUUUCGAUGUCUGUUGGAUGUUUAUUUUCACUAUUCGCUAAACAACGUUCCUUGCGUCUUGCUCAUCUAAUCUAUUUACACAUAUAUAAGUUUCCAAAACUGUUCUUUAGUGAACCUGAUAACAAUCAUACUACUAUAGAUUAUAAUCAUAAUUUAUCAAACAAAAAUUUAUUACAACAAGAAUUUCAGGAAUUCAUUCAAGAUAAUCACGGUUUUUUAGCUUCAGACUACCUUCGAAAUGAAUAUGAAUUUAUAUCAAAUUUCUUAGAUAUACUCUCUCAAUCAACUGAUCUAUUAUAUCAAGUACAGAAAUUACAACUUGUGUAUACAUCAGCUGCCGCUACAGCACAAAUAAGACAAGUCGAAGCCGAACAACGAUUAAAAACUUCUAGUAACACUAAUAAUUUGGAUCCCUGUUUUGUCUCUUCUCCUACCUCCUCCCCGUCUUCAUCUAUAUCACAUGCUGUAAGUGUUGAAGGUAAACAUGGUGUGUUAGUACGUGCUACCUCAACAAAUCAUCCAAAUAUGACAGAAACAAAAGAGAUAAUUUCUAAAACACCUCGAAAAACAGAUAUUCAUCAUAGAACUAACAUUUUACCUAACUAUAUUUCACGUUAUCAGGAUGCGUUGCAUCGUUCUAGCACAUUAGAUCGAUAUGUGGCUACUGGAUCAGCUGUUUCACCUUAUUCAUCAAUCAGUAAUCAUACACUUGGUACUGAGUUUACUAAAUUACAAUCGGAUAAUCAAACAAAACCAGACGACCAUAAUUACAAAAAAGACAAGGAUGAUUCUACCAUUUAUACUCCAACUGAAAGUAGUAGUAUCACUGGUGAUAAGGAAAAGGAACAAAGUAAAUCUAGAGUUAAUUCUAAAAAAGGUGUACAGUGGAGUGAUCAUCGUGAAGUUAGUACACGACAUCAAAUUAUAGGUCGGUAUUUGGAAAUGACAUGGAAGUAUUCAGAGAAUACACUAACAAGCUUAUUCCUAUCCACAUCAAGCACGAUUAUUAAACAGAGGAACAGUAACAGUAAUAAUAUAACUGUAAAUGAACCUAAAUUGUGCAAAUCUACUUUAACUAUGACAUCAGUGGAACUUUUAAGAUUGGGAAAUAAUAUUUGUCAGUUGACAAUCACAUCAGAUUUCUUUCCUACUGGGUUACUACCAGUGCUUAGAAAGCAAGCAUUGAAGUGUAAAGAAUAUGCUAUUUGGCGAAACUGGUAUGAAGAACAUCAAAUGUUCAAGUGUAUCUUGAAGAAAAAUGACGAGAACACAAUUUCUGUAACAGAUGAUAACUAUAAUUUACAAGAUACCUCAGAGAAUACAUUUUCCAAUAAUGUAGUUCCCCAUGAAACAUGUGAUCACUUAAAUCAUAAUUCAUUAUAUUCAAUUUACAAUACAUAUGUUCAAAGGAAUACAGUCAAUACUUCUGACACGCAAUCAUCAUUUUUUCCUUGUAAUAUUGAUAAAUGUCACAACUGUUGUAUUACAAUGAAUUUACAGCGAUUAUGGGGCUCCAAAGCAUUUCUUAUUAUAACUGACAUAAAUUCAAUCAUUGAAUUAAUUACUUAUAUGACGAAGUUAUUUGUUAAUGAUGAACAAACUUGGAUGAAUAUUUUAUCGUUGAUACAAAAUGAAAUAAAAGCAUCAGGUAUCUCAUCAAUUGUACAUCAUUUCGAUAUAUCCAUACCUGAUUCAUAUAAAUCUUUAUUAUUAAAAUUAUACAAAGCUUAUGAAUUUACACGACGUUUAGAUGUCAUUUUUAUACGUUUUCUUAUUAUGUUAAAAAAUAUAUGUUUUAAUGAAUAUAACAAAUGUAUGAAAAAUUGGAAUGAUACAUUACAACAAACUAAUGAUAAUCAUUCUAUUCAAGAACAAACAAACAUAAUUGAUAAUAAUAUAAAUCAAAUUACAUAUUACUAUCAACAAUCUAUAUAUAUUGAAUUAUUAUUUAUUCAUUAUGAAAAUCUUAUCAAAUGUUUUACAAAUUUAACGGAUAUUGUUUUUAAUAAUAUCAUUUAUUGUAUAUUAUAUUGGUUCGGUUAUACAAAUAAUUAUGUAAAUGAUGAAAUAUUGAAAGAAUUUAAACAAUUAUUUAAUCCAAUGAAUUCAUAUUUUCUGUCAAAUUUAACAUCGCCUUCAUCAUCAAGAUUAUCAGUAGAUACAACAUCUACAAUAUCAAAUAGUAAUUUUGAUGAUUUAAUUGAAAUUAAAACAAACUUAUUAAAUGUAGACAGAAAUGUUCUAAUACGAUUAGCACGUGUAAUAGGAACAUUAAGUCAAGUGAAUAAUUUAUUGAUAUCAUUAGAUAAGAAUAUUAAGGAAUGGAAAGAAACUUUAAGAAAGACAUUUUCACAGAUAAUGAAUAAACUUAUCAACAAAUACAUUCUUAAUUAUCAUAAUGAAAUACUAUGUAAUUUCCAAAUUGAAAAUAAUGAUUUAAUUAAUCUAUUGACCAUAUUUCUUAAACCAAUUAAUAAAACAAUUGGAACUUGUUUUAAUUCACCUACAGAAAGAAUAAUUUCAAUUGAAAAUUCAUCAAUAAUAUGUGAUUAUCAUCAUAAUGUGUAUUAUUAUAUAAUUCAACCAACAGUUAUUCAAUUUUUUCAUAGAUUAUCAAUAUUAUUAAAAGAGACAUCUAUAAAGUACGAUGAAUUUAUUCAAAAAUAUCUUAUCAUACAAUUUCAAAAUCAGGUGCCUUUAAAUCUAUUACAAGAAAUUUAUGAAUCUAUUAAGAUUCAUAAUCAAUCUGGUGAAUGUUCAUUAAAAUGUUUUCAUAGUACAAUGUUUACUGAACAUCAACCAGAUAAUGUUAUUCAAAAACCAGAAACUGAAAAGUUCUCCUCAUCGUUAUCAUCAUUAUUAACGGAUACAAAGCAGUUGAAGAGUAAAUUGAAUUCUGGAUCUGCAGGAGUUGACUUUAUUCAAUCCACAAUGGUAUUUAUGUCAACUGCCAUGAAAAAUACUGUGAAUAAACAUUUACCUAAAGAACCGAAAGAUAAAAUUGCAUCUUUUGCAGCUGAUGUUUGUUCUAAUCUACGUUUACCAUUCCGUAGUCAAACAACAAAUAAUCUCAAUAACUGCAGUAAAAUCACAUCAUCAUCGUCAUCAACUACUAAUGAUAAUAAUAAUACUACUACUACUAUAACCGUAGCAAAAUCAUCAACUAUGAAAGAUAAACAAGAAUCUCUCAACGAAUACUCCAUGGAAAAUCAAUAAUACCUCUUAGCAUAUGGAGUUCUAUUCCUAUUUUGGUUGUGUUAUUUUUCUUGUCAAUAAUGUCUUUUUUUUCCAGUUUACACAUUUAAUAAAUGAAUUAUUUUAAUCAACUAACAUGUUAAUAAAGAUUCAUUAUAAACUUUACAAAACAUUUAUUUAGAAUAUCUUAUUUCAUUUAUCAUUUAUACUCUUAUAAGAGUUUGUAAAAAAAAUUCUUAUUUUUUCUAAUAUUUCUCUUUAUUUAAUUCUUCUAUCCUAUUGUGAAUAGAUAACAAAGAAUACAUACAUAUAUAUCAAUGGAAUAUUAAUAGAAUACUAAUAUAAGUAAAGUUGAUGAUAACCUUUUUCUUUCUCUUUGCAAACUUCUUCAUUACUUCACUACAUUGGAUCUUAGUGAUGAUAUUUGUCUUAUUUUCUAAUCUUUCAUAAUUUGUUUUCUCUUUCUUUUUCUCUUUUUUUUUUUACUGUUCUACCUAUGAACUUUAAAAUAUGUCUUAUACAAAGUUGGAAAAACAACAUAAAAAUGAUACGAUAUCACAGUUUAUUCAUUAUUUAACAUCGUAAAGAAGAAAGUAAUUCAAUAUUAAUUGACACAUUCACAUUUGUAUAGUUAAUGACAUUGAAUUGGCAAUUAAAAAUCAUAAUCAUUUACUAUUAAGAUAUUUAUGAUGCAAUUAAGAUUAUAAUUUAUUUUAUUUUAAUAAUUUGUAGUUGAUUAAUUACUUGAAAUCUCAUAUAAAUAAAACAUUAUAAUGAUG